AGUCGAGGUACCUGAUACAUACUUAUUCUGACAACACAUUGGUGUUAUAAAGGUCAUGUAAUUUUUUUCAUAAGACCCACUAUUAAAAUGAAUAAGCAAUAUAGUACAUAUCCCAAAAACAAAAUUUUCACUGUUAGAUGGCAGACGUUGAUGUCAGCCAUGUUGUCAUUCUGAAAUACACUUCUAGCAGAAAGCUCGCGCCUUGUGAUUCGAGGUCUUCUGAGUAUACUAUUUACAGUAUAUUGGCUGAGCUCCUGGUUACCGCAAAAGUUAUAACAUUUCUGACAAAACGCAAACUCCGUUAACCUACACUAGAUUUUUCUCGAAUCAGGAGUAGGAAUGGUUGUUUGUUGAUGUUUACUGGUGGUGAUACAGAUUUAGCUUAUUUAAAAUAUCGAUGUCCACAGUACAUAAAUUUCAUCAAAUACAUGCAAACAUUGGUCACACAAUUAUUCACUUUAUUAAUUAAACAAGAACCGGUGUAUUCUAACGUAAUAUAGUCACCGGCUAAACGCAGUAAUGUCUCAUACAAUAUUGCUUAUUCAACCAGGCAAUAGACCUGAAACAAGAACAUAUUCUGACUACGAAAGUGUUAACGAAUGUAUGGAAGGAGUAUGUAAAAUCUAUGAGGAGCAUUUAAAGAGGCGAAACCCAAAUACUCCAACUAUAACUUAUGACAUUAGUCAACUAUUUGAUUUUAUUGAUCAACUCACAGAUUUGUCAUGUCUUGUUUAUCAAAAAUCCUCAAAUACAUAUGCUCCAUAUAACAAAGAUUGGAUUAAAGAAAAAAUAUAUGUUUUAUUACGCCGAGCUGCAGGACAUAGCGAGUAAUUAAUAGACAAAGAUAGACAUAUGUUUUAUGUAUAAGACAAACUAAUUUUAAGUAAAGGUCUAUAUUGCCAUUUGUAAUAAUAAAUAUAUAAUCGAAAGACAUAUUAAAAUGUUAUAUUCUCAUUAAAAUUAAAUGAUUUCCUAAC